GUGGGUCCAAGCAGUGCCAAGCAAGAAGGCACUGGAGGCUUUCCGCCAGGGACCUGUAAUGCAUCAGUGCUGGAUCCACCAGGAACCAGGACAUGUUGGCCAUCCAUGGCUGCAGACUUGGGUUAUUGGCACUGCACCGUGCGCGCGUGGCCAAGUGCUCUGGCUACUGGCUGCUGCACCACUCACCUUUCGGUUCGCCACCCGGGCCAUCUACGGCUACACUUACUUGAAGGACUGGUUGUGGGUGAGCCGAAACAAGCAACAUGGUUUGAAGACAAGAUAUGCACUGUUCCUGGGGUGCAGCAAGUUACUUAUUAUUGGGUGCCAAGAUAUCCAGACCAACCUAUCCGGGGUCGGUUGUCCUUGUUGGAUUCGAGAGGAACGAGCUGUCAUCCGAGUGGACAAGCAACAAGAUCCUUGGAUCUCUCUCGAACUAAUGUUAGUUUAGUUGUGGCCUUUCCAAGCCUUGAGCCAACGAUACCAAAAGAUAUACCUUCACACGCCAAAGAUAUGGUACGUACAUGUACCAUGCAUGUACCGUACCAUCGUUGUCAACAAGCAAGGUACCUAUCGUAGGGAGCGACCCACCAGAAUCUUAACCAAGUUGAAGCCACCAGUUGCAUCCAUGAGGUCCCAAGUGUUCUCAUUGAGCCUAUUGGACUUUAUUCGGAACGGUGAAAUCAAUGCUAUCUAUGCAUACUUCUAUUAGUAUGCUAUCAGGUUGAGCUUCCGGUUGUCAGAUGGCGGCUUCAGCAUGCACAGAUGAUAGGUCAAUUGGAGUGCAGAUCGUUGUAUGCAUAGCCUUGCGGCAUCGAUGGCAACAGCCUUCUAUCAAGCCUGUUCUCGUCAUGUGACACCAUCAGGAACUCUUGUGGCGUCCAAUCGGAACUUGAGAGCUUCUUGGAUGGCAGAAGAUCCGCAUCAGGAUUUUACUGGAUCCGCGUCUCACAAGAAGAUCCAGUACUGGUACCCGAGCGCGGCGAGGUUACUUUGCAAAAUGAAUGAAGCAAAAAAUGAAGCCACGUUCUUAUUAGCCUUCACAGAACAGAAGUCCAUACUGAAAACUCGUGGGCUUCACUUCAGCACUUGAUCCUGGACGGUUCCCAUCUGUCUUCAAGUUUUGUUCUUCCUCCUCGGAUCCAAAGGAUACUUUUUACUGAUGGGAAGCGGUAAUAGCUAGCUACGGUAGUAGCCCAGCAUAGCAAGCACAACACGAGAACACUUGAUUUGAUUGUGUUGGGAUCAUAAAUUCAGUUUUGGAAAAUCCAAAAGCCAGACAACAACCUUCAGAAGAAGAAGAAUAAUCAAUUAUAGUUGUUAAGAAAACAGAAAACAGAUUCAACCAAACCUACUGUACAAUCAUGAUGGACGGAGAAGAAAUCAAGAGCAGCAGCAACAGCGCUCCCAAGCGCAUGGGAACCUUUGCCACCGAGACGAGCGAGGAGACGGGUGGACGUGAUCGUUGGGGCAAUCGCAUGGCCUUUUACUUGGCCGCUGUGGGUUCUGCCGUUGGAUUUGGAAAUGUGUGGCGUUUCCCCGCCUUGGCCAAGGACUAUGGCGGUGGUGCCUUUUUCAUCCCCUAUGUCUUGGCCUUUUUCUGUGUGGGUCUGCCUCUCUUGACCUUGGAAGUCGCGCUCGGGCAAUAUUACCAAACCGGUAACGUUGGAUGCUUUGGAAGUUUCCACCCUCGAUUCCGCGGUGUGGGUAUGUGCGCCAUUGCCUGUGCCUUUAUGCUGGUGGUCUAUUACAGUAUGCUGCUUUCCUGGGUUACUCGAGCUUUCUUUGAAUCCUUUGGCUCGAAUGAUCCUUGGGCGGACGAGAAUGUCACUGGCGAAGAUGCAGUGAGCUACUUUUACAAUGACAUUAUUGGAAUGCAGACGUUGGGUGAUGACUUGCGUCCCACUCGCAUCGUGGGUCAAAAUGUCGGGUACUCCUUCUUGGUCUGGAUCUGCAUCUGGCUCUGCUUGGCAUUUGGCAUGAAAUGGACUGGAAGGAUCGCCUACGUGAGCAUGGGACUCCCCAUUAUAUUGCUCUUUGUCUUUUUGAUCAAGGGAGUUACGUUGGAAGGUGCAUCGGAUGGGAUCAAGGCAUACUGCGGCGAGUGGGACAUGAGCGUAUUGACCGAACAGCCCGAUGUCUGGUCCACUGCCGUCUCGCAAAUCUUUUUCUCUCUCAGUGUCACCUUUGGUACCAUGACUGCCUACGGAAGCCACUGUCCUCGUGGUGAACCAGCCUUUUUGAACUCGACCGUCGUUGGUGUGGCCAACUGCACCUUUUCCUUCCUCAGUGGUCUUGCCGUCUUUGCUGCCAUGGGACAUUUGGCAUUCCGUCAAGAGACUACUGUGGAUGAGAUCCCCUAUGCUGGUUUCUCGCUUGUCUUUGGAACCUGGCCCGUCGUCUUUGGAACCUUGCCGGGAGGCGAACACUGGGUACGAUUGCUCUUCUUUGACCUCUUCUUGUUGGGCAUUGAUUCCGCAUUCUCCAUCUUGGAGGCACCCUUGACGGUAGCCUUGGACUACUUGGGCCACGAAUACGCCAAAUGGAAGGUCGCCGGCGCCUUUUGCGUCAUUGCCUUUUUGCUCAGUAUCAUCUACGCCACCGAUGCUGGUCUUAUCUUCCUCGACACGAUCGACUUUUACAUCAACUUUGUAUUUUUGCUCACGGGGUUCUUUGAAACCUUUGGUGCUGGAUGGGUUUACAAUAUCAAAGAACAAGUCGCCAGCUUGGGACCAAAGCCGGUCUUCUCGUACAUGUUCACCCACUUUGCAUCCAUCAUUGUGGCCAGUGGCUUUUGGUUCGGCUUGAAGAACGACAAUGCCGCCUGGGCUGGCUUUUUGGCACUCUUCUUGUGCGGUGCGAUCGGUUUUGGUGUUACGGGAUUCUUCUUGUCGGAACGCAUGAACGAAGAGCCCGGCCGCUGGACAUGGGGUUCCAUCAUUUACGAAUUGACUUUGGGCAAUGUCAUGCAUCUCCGUGACACUCUGUCCACCGUUGUGGGCUACUUGCCUUGGAUCUGGGCCUUUGCCAUGAAGAACUUGAUCCCCCAGACUCUCUUGGUGCUCUUCAUUAACUUGGCCACCUCCAAGAAUGCUGAUGGCGAUUCCGUCUUUGGACACUACGAAGGAUACGUGUCCUGGCCGUUCCAAGUCUUGGGAAUUUUGGUCGUUUGCUUUGCCAGCAUGUUCAUCUUGGUGGGAUUCGCCACACCAAAGGUCUUUAAGGCUGCCGAUCCUCCCGCCAAGAAUGCCGCUGCUGCCAAGCUGAUUAUGGCCGGGGAAAACUCACCCAAAGACGUGGACGGGGCUGAUUACGACAGGGCCGACAGUGAGGCAACCGGUAGUGACACCAAACUGGCCAUGGACCCUAUCAAGUCAGACGAAGAGCUUGUGGAGAUUUCGGCAUAAGCAUUUCCUGGCUGCUUUGUCUGUACCGUGCGUCAUCACAGACGACGGUGAUUUGUGUGUUGCAUGUACCGUGCAUUCCGUGAUGUGUGAGAUGACAAGAGAGGCAGGUAGUCGCCGCCUGUGUACCAGGUUGCCCAUUAUUUUAUGGCACCGGAAGCAAAUCAAGUAAGCACCGACUUCAUGAGAGGACAGGAGAGUCCUGGAGUCCUAUGUAAAUUAGUAAUGCUACAUUC